AUGGCGUCACUUGUAUUUGCCCUGAUGGCGCGCCAGCUGGAGGAACUUGAAGAACCGAGCGAGGCGGGCGGGCUCGGCAUGAACGAGACGAUGGGAAUGCCCCCGAUGCAACCGGAGCUGCCUUACGGGUACAUACCGAAUGAGGCACUCGGGAUCAUGUUCAUCGCGCUCUUCGGCGUCAGCACUGUGCUACACUUUGGCCAAGCGCUCUACUUCCGCACGUGGUUCCUGCUGCCGACCGCUGUACUCUGCGGCGCGGGGGAGCUAAUCGGGUGGGUUGCGCGGGUGUGGAGCUCUUCAGAACCAUACGCAGACACGCCGUUCAAGAUGCAAAUUUCGACGACCAUCAUCGCGCCCACGCCGCUGCUGGCCGCGAGCUUCAUUAUAUUCUCGCGCAUCGUCCGGCAGCUCGGGCCGGAGUACUCACUGCUCCCUGCCCGGUGGUACGCGUGGGUGUUCGUGUCGUGUGACCUCGUCGCGCUCGUUGUCCAGGGCGUUGGCGGCGGACUCGCGUCUGCCGCUGUCACGCUCGACGAGGCGAAUAAAGGCUCGGACAUCAUGCUCGGCGGUAUCGGCUUCCAGUUCGCCGUUGUCAUCCUCUUCACCCUCCUUGUCGCCGACUUCCUCAUCCGGCGACAAAUCUCCCGGCCAUGGCGCCCCGCUGCCGCCGACGCUACCCCAGCCCCAACACUUAUUCCCACACGCACGAAAGUAAUGCUCUACGGCCUCGCAUUCAGCACGCUCGUGUUCAUCGUCCGGUCCGUCUACCGGGUCGUCGAGCUCGCGGAGGGCUGGGGCGGGCGCAUCAUCCGCACCGAAGUCUACUUCAAUGCGCUCGACGGUGCCAUGAUCGUCCUUGCCAUCUUCACCUGGAACUUCGUCCACCCCGGCUGGUUCCUCCCCGCGCCUGCCGCGACGGCCUCUGACAACGAGAAGGACGGUCAUGAGAAGGCCAAGAACUCGGAUGAGACCCGCACCAGCGUCGCACGCAGCAGCAUCGAUGUCACGGUCGCCGUUUAG